AUGGCAAAGCUUAAGCGUAGAUCGAAACGGUGCGUUUGCUGCACUGUUUCCGGUGUCAUCAUAACCGUUCUAGUCCUUCUCUUCCUCAUUGCCUUAACUCUGGCACUGACCGUUUACAAACCGAAAGAUCCGAUCAUUCGGAUCCAAUCCGCAACCGUGGAAGGCGUCUCCUCUCGUAUAUCCUUACCGUUCGAUGUCCAUCUCAACUUCACACUUACUCUCCAAGUUCUUGUCGAGAAUCGCAACCGUAUAAGUUUCAAACACGAGACAGGGAAGACAUUAGUUGUUUACAGAGAGAAGCAAGUCGGUGAUGUUGACCUUCCUUCAGGUACUUUCCCGGCCAGAGGAUCGUCGAUUCUACCUUGUCGUCUCACUCUUCAGAUCGAUAAGUUUGUCGCCGACUUGAGUGGCAUCAUGCAAGAUGUUUUGGAUCGGAAGAUUGUGUUGGAAACCAAGACGAAAGUCCCAGGGAAAGUCAAGUUGUUGGGCAUCUUUAACAAACACUUAGUUGCUAUAUCGGAUUGUAGAAUCACCAUGGACUUCCCUUCCAUGAAAGUGCAGAAACAAGAAUGUGGUAUGAAAACUAAGUUGUGA